CUGUUAAGGUAAUAAAUUUCCCAGCUUGAGACGAGAUCCAUAAGAGUGAGACUAUAGUUGAUGCAAAAGGUGAGACCUAGGUAUUUUGCAACGCAAUUCAAUAUAUAUAUAUAUAACAAAGUACUAACAUAAAUUGAUUAAUUAAUAGAGGAAAAAGGAAGAAGCAGUUACAUUUGCUCAGAGUCUCUUCUUCUUCGUCGAGAUUGGUCCAAGCUUUUUUCGAAUUCCGACUUGAAGAAACAUAAAAGCUACAAAAGCUAAAGGAAGGACAAAACAAUUGAAAGCUUGUUUGAAGCACAUAAGCUAAAGCACAAAAGCAGAAAAAUAAUUUUUUGAAGAAACAUAAAAGCUACAAAAGCUAAAGCAAGUGGAAUACAUCUGUAAGCUUGUUUGUAGCACAAAAGCUGAAAACGUAAAAACCAUUUAAGCAGAAAUCUUAUUCAUUUGCAAGCUUAAUUUUUUUAAAAAAAAAAACAUAAAAGCUACAAAAUCUAAAGCAAGGAAAGAACACUUGUAAGGCUUGUUUGUAGCACAUAAGCUAAAGCACAAAAGCUAAAAACGUAAAAGCCAUAUAAGCUUAACGAAAACGCAAUAGCUUUGGCCAAAAGGGUUUUACCACAUCCAGGAGGACCAUUGAAGAAGAAGAAGAAGUUCUUAAGAAUUCGUCGGUUGCAAUAAGCUCCUCUGAAUUCUGAUUCUGUAUAGUGCAGGCACUUGGAAUUCAUAAUGGCUGGGCUGAAACGGAGCAACGCUUUUGAUUCUUUGUCUAUACUUUCUUCUUCUGCGGCGUCUUUGAAAAAAUAUGAUGUUUUUCUUAGCUUUCGAGGUGAGGAUACUCGCAAAAACAUCACAACCCAUCUUUAUGAUGCUUUAAGUCGAAAGAAAGUUGAAACCUUUAUUGACAACAAUGAGCUUAAAAAAGGAGAUGAGAUUUCUCCAACACUCAUCAAAGCCAUUGAGGAGUCACAUCUAUCUAUUGUCAUCUUCUCAGUAAACUAUGCCUCCUCAAAGUGGUGCUUGAAUGAGCUCAAAAAGAUUCUAGAAUGCAAGAGAUAUAAGAAGCAGAUUGUGAUACCUGUUUUUUACAACAUAGAUCCGUCACACGUGAGGAACCAGACUGGGAGUUACAAGCAAGCCUUUGAAAAACAUAAGCGAGAAUUGAAGCACAAUUAUGACAGGUUGAAGAUAUGGAAAGCUGCUCUCACUGAGGCAGCUAGUUUAGUUGGUUGGGACUUUCAAAAUUACAGGACUGAAUCAGACUUCAUUAAGGACAUUGUCAAAGAUGCUUUGCUGAAACUGAAUCUUAAGUACCAACAUGAAAUUAAGGGGCUUGUUGGAAUUGAGAAGAAUUAUGAACAAAUUGAAUCAAUGCUGAAAAUUGGGUCUAAUGAAGUUAUAGUUCUUGGAAUAUGGGGCAUGGGUGGCAUAGGAAAGACAACCCUUGCUAAGGCUUUAUAUGCCAAACUGCAUUCCCAAUUCGAAGGUUGUUGCUUCCUCAAUGUAAUGGAUGAGUCAAACAAGUAUGGACUUGAUGGCGUACACUCUAAAUUUUUUUCUACAUUGUUAGAGGAAGAAAAUCUUCAUCCUGAUGCAUCCUACAUAGAAUCCCGUUUUUCCAUGAGAAGGAUUGCCCGUAAAAAAGUUUUCAUUGUGUUGGAUGGCGUGGAAACCUUAGAGAAAAUAGAAGAUCUUAUCCUAGAAAUUGAUGGGUUGGGACCAGGUAGCAGGGUAGUUGUUACAACUAGAGAUAAGCACAUAUUUAGUCUGUUUAGUAAAUGUGAAAUAUAUGAGGUUCAGGUAUUAAACAAACACGAUUCUCUUCAGCUAUUCAGUUUGACAGUCUUCGGACAAAAACAUCCUGAAAUUGGAUAUGAAGAUCUAUCAGAAAGGGUAAUCGACUAUUGCAAAGGCAAUCCUCUGGCUUUAAAAGUUAUAGGUGCAAAUCUCCGUUCAAGAAGUAAUGAAGCAUGGGUAAAUGAAUUGAAAAAGCUGGAAAAGAUUCCCAAUAAGAAGAUUUGCGAUGUGUUAAAAUUGAGUUUUGAUGACUUAGAUCGCUGUCAAAAAGCCAUAUUUCUAGACAUCGCAUGCUUUUUGAGAGAAGAGAGUAAAUAUUUUGUAAUAGAAUUAUUGGAAGCUUGUGAGUUGUUUGCAAUAAGUGGGAUAGAAGUCCUUCUAAAUAAAUCUCUCAUACAAAUAAAACUAAUUUGGCUAAGGCUUAGCAAUUCGGAAGUUGAUGGUUUAGAAAUGCAUGAUUUGUUACAAAAAAUGGGACGGGAUAUUGUUAAUCAAGAAUCUAAAGAUCCUGGAAAACGAAGUCGAUUGUGGAAAGCCGAAGAAAUAUGUGAUGUAUUGAAAAAAAACAAGGGAACAGAAGCUGUGGAAGCUAUAACAUUUGAUAGAACAGAAGUUGGGGAUCUUUACUUAAAGUCUGACUCCUUUAAAAGGAUGACAAACUUAAGAUAUCUUGAAAUCUAUAAUGGAUCUAAUGGUAGAGCAUGCAAUGUGUACUUUCCCGAUGGUCUCGAGUGGCUUUCUGAUAAAUUAAGGUACUUUCGAUGGGAUGCUUACUGCCUUGAGUCUUUGCCAACAACCUUUUGUGCUGAAAUGCUUCUAGAGCUCAACCUGACACGUAGCAAGCUUAAAAGACUAUGGGAUGGAGUUCAGAAUCUUGUGAAUUUAAAGAUAAUGAUGCUUGAACUCUCCUACGAUCUGAUUGAGAUCCCAGACUUAUCGAGGGCUACAAAUCUUGAAAGACUAUAUCUCUAUAGUUGUGAAAGCCUGUGUCAGCUCCAUCCAUCCAUAUUAUGUCUCCCCCGACUUGAACAUCUAGAUUUAAGAAGUUGCAUAAAGAUUGAAAGCCUUAAAACCAACAUUCAUUCAAAAUCCCUCUAUAAUCUCUUACUCAAGGGCUGUUCAUCUCUCACAGAAUUUUCGGUGACAUCUGAGGCAAUGAGACAUUUAUCCUUAAAUGGCACCGCUAUACAUGAAUUGUCUUCAUCGGUUUGGCGUAAUACCAAGCUUACUAUUCUUGACCUAACUGAAUGUAACAAGCUUAACAUUGUUGGGAGUAAGUUAUCAAAUGAUCAUGGACUCAGGUUUGUUGGAGAUCUAGACCUUUCUGGGUGCACAGAAAUCAAUGCAUUAAAUCUUCUGUUCAUCCUUGAUGGCAUAUGGUCUUUAAAUCGACUAAAAAUGAACGAGUGUUGCAACUUAGAAGGUAUCCCUGAGAACAUCAAAAAGCAUUCAAGGCUGAACUGGCUUGAAUUAAAUAAUUGCAGGAAACUUGUGUCUCUAGCAGAGCUUCCGCCAUCCCUGCUAUAUUUGAAAGCCAUUAAUUGCACUUAUCUGGACACAAACUCCUCCCAACAGUCAUUGCUUGAGAACAUGGUACAAACAUUCUCUGGCGACCCUCUCCAUGUAGAUGAAGGUGAUAAUCAUUUAUCUUUUUUGCCAGGAGCACAAGUACCGUGCCAGUUUGAUUUUCAGACAACCGAGGCUUCAAUAACUAUUCCUCCCAUUCCAAAAUCUGACCUGCGUGGUUUCAUAUUUUGUGUCAUUCUAUCCGAGGGAUUUCAUGCUCUCCUUCAUUCUCUUGGUUCCCUUCAUUGUAUCAUCUUUGAACACGACAAAGAAGUCGACAGGCGUCAUAUUUUUCUCAAUCAUCUUGGGACAUUAAUUUCAGAUCAUGUAUUGAUAUGUUGGCAGUAUUACAACAGACAAGAAAGUGGAAGUUAUGCAUUUUGCAACCUAUCAUUUCGAUUCGUAUUUCUAGGUCAGAAGGACCAAAUGUGGUGGUCAACGGAGGGAAUAAAAGGGUGCGGCGUCUUACCUGUAUAUUCCUUAAAACAUAAGUUGGAGGUGGAUGGUGGUAGUAGUGUUACUAACAACAUUGUUGAAUUAAAAUUAAAAUCCACUGUUCAAGACUCGGAUGACUCUGAUUGGAAUAUGAAAAAUGAGAUUAAAGUCAGAAGCUCUAACAAUGAAAAGGCUAUUAAACAUGUAUAUGUUAGAAGAAGAAAAAGGCCACAUUAUGUUAGUAGACCUCCUAUCAAAGAUGACUCUGAUUUUAAUUUACAAAAUGAGAUUGAAGUCAGAAGCUCUAAAAAUAAAAAUGAAGAUGAUCAAGAACAACCUUCUUGUUCUCGCAAAGAAGGAACAACCUUCUUCAAUAGAAAAAAGGCCCGUACAGUGGACAGGUCGGGCAGGUCUGUUGCCGAGGUCAACAAAAUAAUACAAAUUAGAAAUGAUUUGCGGCACUUGAUGAGGUCAACAAGAUAAUACAAACUAGAAAUGAUUUGCGAUUUCUUUCUUCCUUUUCUCAACUAAAAUAAGCAGAACACAUGUCACGUUCAUUCAGCAAUAUCCAUUGAUGCAUUAGACUGGUGAUAUCAAGCUGUGCUGAUAAUUUCAUCAUUCAAAUGAAAAAAUCCAGUUGUUCUAAAUGAUUGAGUUUUACUUUACUACGUAGUAAUUUACAUUUAGACUAUUACUACUAUAUUAGUUAGUCCACUAUAUUAGAAUUUAGUGUUUGUACAUUUUUUUUAUACGUGAAAUGUAUUAUUAAGUUUUUAUAUGGCUUCAAACCUCCCGAUUUAGCGGGCCUUACUUCCGCUUAAACCCUAACUGCGCCGUUAUUACCGUUUAUUAUUUUUUGCCAUCUUUAUUGUGGUUUAUUUUUUUCUCCGUCUUCAUUGCGGGUUUUUGGGUCCAGAUAACAUUAUUUAUUGAGAAGACAUUGUUCAUUCAUGUUCACCCUAGAGAUACA